AUGAAGCCUGUUGCCGUAUACUCUACAGUCCUCGGAUGCCUCGCCACUGAAGCCGCCGCUGGAUUCGGGCACAUCAUCAACCAGGUCUCGUCUUUUGCACACUCCAAUACCGGCGGUCUAUCGGACAUUACGUUCCCCAUUCAACUGGGCCAAGUGAAGCACACGUCGGGAUUCUACUUUGCGCAAACGUGGUACUUUAACAUCAAGGCGUCCGAGACCGCUGCGUACAUUGGCCUGCAGCCUCGGCCUGAUUCAAAUGGCCAAACUGUCCUGCACGCUGCCUUUUCGUCGUUUGUUGCGGGAACCAAGACUACUCAUCCAAAUUGCUAUAGUGGUGCUGAUAGCGGUGCGGGCGUAAGCUGCGCGGUUGAGAUUCCCCAGGCAUCAUACGAUCACGUUUGGGACCUUACCGUCGCGUCCGUUGGAAAUAAUACCUGGAGAGGUACCAUGACUGAUUCGGUCACCAAGGCAGCCUACGAAAUAGGCGUAUGGACUAUCCCGUCUCCAGCGCUCAUCACCAAGAACCAAAUCAUCAACUUUUUCGAGUACUAUCCUUUCAACGCCGUGGGCGUUCCUGAUUGCAAAACUCUCCCAAAGGCCGACGUUACGUUUUAUCUGCCAACCUCCAAAACAGGAUCGCAUGCUUCAUACCGUACCCCGUAUGAAGUAGGGGAUUGCCAGAAGAAGGCUAAUGUGGCUUGGAAGCAGCUUGCAAGCGGCGCUUGGUCUCAAAGCGCUGGGUUUUGGUAG